AUGGCUGUGGUGUCGCUCCUAAACCAGGCGCCAUACAAGCGGACAUACAGUAGUCGUGAGCGCCUCAACGUGGACGCUGGAGAUGCCAGUGACCUCUGGCUGCACGCUGGGGAACACAGUGGCCAGGGUGCUAGCAGUAGCCACAACUCUAAACCCUGUCCCCCGCGUCGACGAUGUGUCAACGAGAACGGAGAAUUACUACCACUUCAGCAUGCAUGCCAGUUAAGCACAUGUGAACGAAUAACUAUCAAUGUCAGUGGCAAAUACUUUGAGACCUGGAGGAAAACCCUAGAAAAUCACCCCGAUACUUUACUUGGCAAUCCUGACAGAAGAUGUCAGUUCUUUGACAACAGUAGAAAUGAGUACUUCUUCGACAGACAUCGACCUACAUUCGACGCCAUUUUCCACUAUUAUUUGUACGGCGGGCGUUUAAAACGGCCACCUCCAGUGCCAGACGAUAUUUUCCUCUCAGAAUUAGACUUCUUCCAGAUUGAAAGACACGUUGUGGAAGACUACAGGCGCGGAGAGGGUUACGUCACGGAGAACAUUGUUCUCCCAGAGCGAGGCUUGAAGAGACAAGUAUGGAUGCUGAUGGAAUACCCCGAGACAUCAAUGUACGCCUACAUUGUAGCAGUAGUCUCUGUCGUUGUGACUGUGACUGCCAUUGCUCUCUUGUGCGUGGAGACGUUGCCUGGGUGGAAUACUCAACAAUGUGUCCAUGGAGAUCAUCCCAACUGGGCAGACCCGUUUUUCCUGGUGGAAACGAUAUGCUCCGUGUGGUUUACUGUAGAAUUUGCGGCCCGGCUACUCUCAUGUCCCAGUAAGGUCACCUUCUUCAAAGACUUCAAAAAUUUGGUGGAUUUAACGGCUGUUCUCCCUUAUUAUGUGGCGUUAUUCAACAUUAUCUCUAAGAUGACCUGUGAGAGUAUGAAAUCCUCAGCAUCGCUAGCUUUUCUUCGUGUGUUUCGAUUAGUACGGAUAUUUAAACUGACCAAACACUCGGCUGGCCUGCAGGUGUUGAUACUGACGUUCAAAGCCAGCAUUGAGGGCCUGUGUUUGUUUCUUGUAGCAAUUACUGUGUGUAUACUCGUGUUUUCUAGUGCUGUAUACUUCGCCGAAAUAGGUAUCGAGGGUUCUAAGAUACAUAGCAUUCCAGACGGUUUUUGGUGGGCCAUCAUUACCAUGACAACGGUUGGAUAUGGUGACAUGGUGCCAGUUGGGCCUCUGGGAAAGUUAAUCGGAAUGAUGUGCACACUGACUGGGGUGCUGACGCUUGCUAUACCAGUGCCUAUCAUUACUGAGAAUUUUAACAAGUUCUACUCACACAAAACUGGCCGAGGACGCAUAUGA